UGUGAAAAGCAGCUGGAAGCAUCUGCCUUGUCGCUUCUCCUCGGGCCAGCAGCGGUGAUGCAGGAGCUGCCUCUAUAUAAGACCCUCCAAGAUGCCUCCCCGAUCGCUCCUUCGCGCAACAUCUUCGCCUUUGACCACACCUCGCACCUUCUGCUCGCUUUGCUCCACUUUUACAGCGGCGACCACUUAACCAACUAAGUCAACACAAGUCCGGCGCCGUUCUCUGGCGGUGGCGCUUUCGCGAUGUCCGGAUUUUGACGGGUGAAAGUUGGCGGAGAUGGAGCGCCAGAGCGCACGGGACGCGCGGUGCGGCCACGGUCUCCAGGCGUGACUCUGGUGGGGUUGGGGAAAUCUCGAACAUGGGAAAAGGAGAGCAAGUGGGAUUUCGUGUCCUUUAAGGUUUUCACGUCCGUGGACGAUGGACACGCUGAGCCUGUCAGUGAACGCGGUGUCCUACACCGUGGCGGCGGAGCUCCCCACCACCGACGACCCGUUCAGCGGACCCAUCAGGAACAUCGCGCCGUGGAACUUCACCGUCCUGGCCGUCGUCAUGUUCGUGGUCUCCUCGCUGUCGCUGACCGAGAACUUCCUGGUCAUGUUCGUCACUUUCAAGUUCAAGCAACUCCGACAGCCCCUGAACUAUAUCAUAGUUAAUCUGGCCAUCGCAGACUUUCUGGUGUCCCUCACCGGCGGACUGAUAAGUUUCCUGACAAACGCCCGAGGCUACUUCUUCCUCGGGAGGUGGGCUUGUGUCCUGGAGGGCUUUGCCGUCACUUUCUUUGGGAUCGUGGCCCUGUGGUCCCUGGCCGUCCUCUCAUUUGAGCGCUUCUUUGUGAUCUGUCGGCCCCUGGGGAACAUUAGAUUGCAAGCCAAGCAUGCCAUCCUGGGUCUGCUGUUCGUGUGGACGUUUUCCUUUAUCUGGACCUUCCCUCCUGUUCUGGGUUGGAACCGGUACACUGUGAGCAAGAUCGGAACCACCUGCGAGCCCGACUGGUAUUCGACCAACAUAACAGACCACAGCUACAUUAUCACUUUCUUCGUCACCUGUUUCAUUUUUCCUCUUGGAGUGAUAUUCUUCUGCUAUGGGAAGCUCCUCAGGAAGCUCAGAAAGGUAUCUCACGGUCGUCUUGCAACUGCCAGAAAGCCCGAGCGGCAGGUGACCCGUAUGGUUGUGGUGAUGAUUGUGGCGUUCAUGGUGGGUUGGACCCCUUAUGCAGCCUUCUCCAUCUUGGUCACCGCUUACCCCACUAUUGAGCUUGAUCCAAGGGCGGCAGCCAUCCCGGCUUUCUUCUCCAAGACAGCGGCUGUUUAUAAUCCGAUCAUCUACGUCUUUAUGAACAAACAGUUCAGGAAGUGCCUGAUCCAGCACUUUACCGGCAUGGGAACCAUCCCGGAAAGCAACCUUAACCAAACCUCAGAACGACCUGGAAUUACGGCCGAGAGUCAGACGGGGGAGUUGUCGGCCAUCGCAACCCGCAUCCCUGUGGGCAGCACCGUGUCGCCCAGAUCUGAUGACUCUCAAACUGAUUGUGGCUCAUUUGCUCAGCUUCCCAUCCCAGAGAACAAAGUGUGUCCAUUGUAACCGCAAGCCUCCUUCCAAUAGCUGUUAUUUCCCUCCUAAAGAGUGAAUAUUAACAUUCUGUCAUCCAGCUACAGUAUGCUCCAGGAACUCUGUGGACAUUUAGAGAAGUUUAAAUGAUUAGUCAAUGUCUUUGAUGCACUUUGAGAGCUUUGGGCACUUUUGAAGAAUUUCCGUUGUUGUCUGGAAGGGUGGAAAAAGGGUUGCGCUUUCGCCUGUUUUAGCAGUUUGUUUAUAACAGGGGCAGGAAAAAAAAGAACGGAUAGAUGUGCUUUAGCCUUUACCCAGCAGGUCACUUGUAAAUACUGAAUACUCUACUGUCUUGUUAUUCAAGAAUGUCUGAAAUUUUUCUCCCCGACGCACUUCACGUUUGGGAAUCAUAUUAGAGGGCACUCCAACUCAACUUCAUAGUGUCUGCCUUCAAAUCUCAGUGUAGCAGUGGAUUGCGAAAUCUCAGCAAGUUAAGGGCUGGUCAGUGUAUUUCAAAUCCCACAAUGCAUCCAGCCUUUCAUCUUGUCCUUGCCUUCUCCUUUGAAGCUCCGUGAUAGCGUCUGCAGAGAAAAUGUUGUUUUCCUUUGCUGUUUUUAGUGUUUGCUUUGGCAGCAAGCUUCAGUCAGUUUUCUGUGUCAAAAUCAUGAAGCGCUCUUUGAAUUGAUAGAGAUUUUCUAGGUUAGCGUUUUCUGCAUGGACUGGUUUGGGUCAAAGCUUUCAUCUUUUAGUCGCUUUGGUCAAGUUGUUUAUGAGGCGUCAGUCUACCAUUGUCUCUGUUCCAUAUUUGAAACGGAAGUGUUAAUGGGCAGCCAGUAGGGGCGCAGCAGACUCCUAAACGUUCACACUGGUGCGAACACAUGCGACGCCACAUAUAGACAGAGCGAGCAGAUCACUAAUAACAGAAGCCUAUGAACGAUCACCGGCCACUUUAGUAGGGUCCGCCUUUCAACUGACUGUUUUUUUUUUGGGAAAUGGUGGCCUUGUUUGGCCGUCGUUAGCUAUUAACAAUUACCCAAAGGUCUUAUAUUAAUAAAACUGAUUUGUGAUUAAAUUAACAAGUCAGGGCACCACCUUAUUAUGAGGAAUUAUUAGCCAGAAGCUUUAAGUAAGCGCCUCCCUGCAUGAGUUGGGGCAUUAUAAAGCAAUGGAUGAAGGAGCGCUGCCACUGUCAAUCAGCAAGCCCCUAAAAGGCUGAAGACCAACAACUUAUCGUUAGAUCACAAGAAUGUAUUAAUAUAAUAUCCCAGCUUUAUACUUAAAACACAUGAGUCAAUAAGCUACAUCACUAAACUAGUGACUUUCUUUUAAAAUACAAAACAAAUGGAAACAACAAAAACAUAAUUCUCAAUACAGCAAUAAUACAAUCAAGUGGGUGUAUGUAUGCGUUUGUGAUAUACUGUACAUAAAUAUGAAUGGGUGUCUGUGUGAGCAAGGUUACAGUGUCUAAAAGACUAAAUGGUGGACAUUGUGGGUGUGCUCCAUAUAUAAACAGAGUUUCAAUUCAAUUCAAUUAAAUUUUAUUUAUAUAGCGCCAAAUCAUGAAACAUGUCAUCUCAAGGCACU